CAGGGACAUCUGGCAACCCUGUUCCGAACAGACGGACAGACUCAAUUCUUGAAAUCUGCCUGUUUGGUUUUCGCUAGUGUACAUUGAAAAUAAUUUUCUCCUACUGUCAAUCAUGGCUUGGGUUCCGCUAGAGUCGAAUCCAGAGGUUAUGACCAAGUUUCUACAUAAUCUAGGAGUACCGAAGAAUUGGGACAUCGUUGACGUUUACGGAGUGGAUCCUGACUUGUUGGCUGUAAUACCUAGGCCAGUCCUUGCUCUUAUUUUGCUGUAUCCAAUUACAGACAAGUCGGAUGGGUUCAAAAAUGAUAGGGAGUCCAAGCUGAAAAAGGAUGGGCAAGAAAUAUCCAAAGCCAUAUAUUACAUGAAACAAUGUGUCUCGAAUGCUUGUGGCACUGUUGCACUGAUUCACGGCAUAGCUAAUAAUACUGACAAGAUUCAACUGGAAGAUGGGCAGCUAAAAUCAUUCUUGGACAGCACCAAGGAACUUUCUCCCCUUGAACGUGGCGAACUACUUGCUAAAUCACAGGCUAUUAUAGAUACCCACAAAGAACUAGCACAGGAAGGACAAACAGAGGCUCCUGGUGAGGAUUCCCCUGUCAAUCAUCAUUUCAUAACAUUUGUUGAGAAGGAUGGAUCAUUGUACGAGUUGGAUGGAAGGCAGUCCAUCCCAGUUAAUCACGGAGCUUCGACCGCUGAUACAUUUUUGGAUGAUGCAGUCCGCGUGUGCCGUGAAUACAUGGCCCGCGACCCUGAUGAAGUACGCUUUACUAUGGUUGCUCUAGCAGCAAACGAAUAAGA